AAACGAACAGAACAAUGUGUCUAUCAGUUGUUACAAUGCAUCGCCAUCAACUCACAGCCAAUCCCCUAAAACCAAACCGUACUUAUUUCAAUAAUGAUACGUUUGAACCAAUCAGCUUAUGGUGGGCGUGGAGAGGUCCUCUCGCCGGCUAAAUUCAUUCCUCGUCGAGCACAAUCGUUCUAUUAUACUAGAAUGGCGACUGCUGUUUUCGGUCGUCAAUGUACAACAGGCAGUAUUACUGCAAAAUCACACAAAGAACACCUGCGAAAAGGUAAGGAUUCACGACGGAGACAGGCGGCUCUUUUGUUCCUCAACAACAUAUCUUUAGACGGAAGGCCUUUGUAUCAUCUCAGCAAUGGAAACCACGGUCAAAGGGAGGCCGCCGAGCUCCGAAAUCGAGACGCCACCGGGGCACAGGCGACUGGACACCCUCUUUUCUCAUCGAGUAUCUACGGAACUGUCUCCCUUGUGGCACCGUCCUUGGCCGGUGGCGCUGCUCCUACUGUGGCGGGGAUCAGUGGACUGAGCCCAGUCCCUCCUAAUUUGGGCAUGUCUACAGACACGGGCUCAAGUACUGCUGUGCGGUGCAGUGAGGUGUUUUUUGAGGGUGUUGACCCCAUGGUUCCACCAGAUACCCCUCUGUGCCCCACCUCUGGACCUCAGACAUUCAAUCCAAGUGCCAAAUCAUCAUUUGUGCUCCAGACUCAGAAUUCCGUUCCGGGAGAUACACAAAGAUCACGGAAUCAUUCGGACUCUCCAAAACCUGCAAGGGUGGGCAAGAAGGUCCACUUUAUCAAGAAUAUGAGGCAGUACGACACAAGAGGCAGCAGGAUCAUGAUGAUUUGUGCCAAGCGGUCUCUCUGUGCUGCUUUCUCAGUGCUGCCCUAUGGAGAGCGUAUUCACCUCAGUGACCCAAAGUUGGAGGCGCACAAACUACAGCUGUCCUCUGGGGUGGCAUCUGACCUGUUCCCUGGCCUGGAGGGCCUGGUGGUGGAGCUUGGUGCAUAUGGAAAGACGGUAUCGUACGCCCAGUUCCUUUUCCCCACUAAUGCCCUGGUGAGACCGAAGAGCAGUGGAGCACUAGAGCCCAGCACAACACAGACCCCCCUGUCAUGUAACCAAUGCAAUGGCCAGAAGAACUACACCACCCCGUCUCGACUCAACAACACCAUAGGACAGGACCUGAAUAUAGAAGACCUGGCAGACUAUGAUCCCUACCUACUCAGUGACCCUCAGUGGCCUUGCGGGAGACACAAGAGAGUUCUUAUAUUCUCAUCAUAUGUGACGACUGUUAUUGAGUAUGUGAAGCCGUCGGACCUGAAGAAAGACAUGAAUGAGACGUUCAAGGAGAAGUUCCCCUAUAUUAAACUGACCCUCAGCAAGAUAAGAAGCCUGAAGUGGGAGAUACGCGCGGUGGGAGAGGAGUGCAGUUUGCAGCCGGUCACAGUGGCUAUGGCAUUUGUGUACUUUGAGAAACUGGUGCUGCAGGGCCGCCUGAACAAGCAGAAUAGGAAGUUGGUGUCUGCAGCCUGCGUCCUACUGGCAGCCAAGAUCAGCAGUGACCUGAAGAAGCAGGAGGUCCGACAGCUGAUUGACAAGCUGGAGGAGCGUUUUCGUAUAAACAGCCGGGAGUUGAUUCCAUUGGAAUUCCCUGUCCUGGUUGCCUUGGAAAUGGGGCUCUACCUCCCUGACAGCAAGGUCAUGCCGCACUACCGCAGGCUGGUGCAGCAGGGCUAAGCUGGAGCUUGGAGGUGGCCCGGAGAACUGGCCUGUGCCAGUUUUGAUAUUUAAGUCCUGAUGAUAUUGAUUGGAAAUGCUGAUCCUGAAUCAGCAUCUUGAGAGAUGCACCUUCUGCCCUAGAAUCUGUUCAGGUGUAGCAGGCCAGCCCAGCCUACACGCUCCUUAUAAAAAUAAAUAUAACUGUUUAGGUACUCUAUUUAUUUGAUUGAAUGCAAUCCAAUAUCUUGAUAACUUGAUAUGAUAAUAUAUUGGUAAUAGAAUGAAGGAUUUUAAAGAAUAUUUUCUGCAAAGCUGUUGGACUGUUUUUUUUCAUGUUUUGAUUCUUGUUGAGUCAGCUUGUACUGAACUUUCUGGGUGGUAUAUCAAUCAAUUUCAAUCAAUUUUAUUUUAUAUAGCCCUUCGUACAUCAGAUAAUAUCUCGAAGUGCUGUACAGAAACCCAGCCUAAAACCCCAAACAGCUAGAAUGCAGGUGUAGAAGCAUAUGGCAUUCUGAUGUGAAUAUUUUUUUCAUAGAAGGGUUCAAAACCAUGUUUAUUUGUACAAACAGUACACCUUAAAUAUUUGCUAAGAAAUUGCUAAAAAACUGAGUGUAGGAUGGCAACCUGAUGGGGGUGUCUGUAAGAACACACAGAGGACUUUUACUAUUCUCUAGUUUAUCUCUUUCAGUCCUAAAGGCAUUGGUCCUCGGAUGAGUGGCAAUGAUGGGUUACAUGUGAUCAGAUGACAGAUGUAGAUGGUUUUAGUUGUCAGUACACGCAUCUAUUUGUGUCCAUUGUUCUGGUUUGGUUGCUUGUGAGAAGAGGGCUAACGACUGCAGAUGAGAGCAUAUGUGGUUGUUAUGGAGGUUAUGCAUGCUGCUUGAUGGAGGUGUGUGGCGACUAAUGGGGGGCAAGCUAGGCCAUGGUGAGUUAGAUUUUUUGUUGUUGAUUUCUAUAAUAAAAAAUGCUUUAUUGAAGAGAUGAUAGUGUUGGAAAGUCGGAAGGGGUUAUAUUUGUCCUAUUUCACACAUUGGGCCGGAUUUGAGCCCAUACCCACUCUGGCAUACAUGUGUGCCGGGUCAGCGGCUGUAACCGCAGGACCACACAGGCCACCGAAGUAUGAGUUUUUACAUUUGGUCUGCAUCUAUAAGCAGCCAAAAGGCAUCUCCCGAGGGUUGACUUGUUGUUCAAAGGUUUAGUUAUUAUUAUUUUUUAAAUUAAUAAACCAGAUUAAGACUUGCAGUGCAUUCAAAACGCAUGACAGCGCUCUGUUAUAAGAUGUCACAGAUCACGUUAAAGGUGGUGAUUGUUCCUUCUAAUCCUCUGUACGUUCAUUUCGAGCUGUGGGAAGAAGUCUUAACUUACUCUAUUUAAAGGAUGUGUCUGAUAAGGUCCGCAUAAUGUGAUGUUGAUGGUUGCCAUAUCAGUUUGAAAUAAUUUAGCCGCCCUGAAGUAUUUCCCCGUCCAAAGGUACAGAUUUUAUUUUAUUUUUUGUGUAAAUGGUGCCUGGUAUUGGUAUCUUUGCUCAUUGUAGCUUGUGUUGAUCUUACUAUUUAUUCACUCACUUUGAAAAUGACACAUCAGCCAUUGGACUUAAAAGGCCUCAAAUGUGAUUGAAAUGACACUCUGGCCAGCCCAGAACUCUCAUCCUCACAAACUAUACUGUAGAACCAUCAGCUUUUCAGUUUUUAUUGUAUAAUUCGUUUAAAACUUGGCUUAUAAGGUAUUUUAUUACCCUUUUCUUGAGUUGGAGUCAACAGUUUUGAUCAUGUCAGUACUGUAGCUAGCAAUCAGUCUAAUUGUGUAGACUUUAAAUCACCACUGUGCAAUCAACUGCCUCUUUGAUGUUGGCGUUAUCAAUCUUCUAUUACACAAAUUACUUUUCUGCUGUGAAUGGUUUUGUUAAGUUGCAUGGUUAAUGUUCAAUCAAACCUCAUAUCAGUACCUGGUUGGUAUUGUAUAUCAACACUCAGGUAUAGGAUUUGCAAUAAGUAUUCUUACCAUAUUGUUCAAAGUGCUGGAUCAUCCACAAGCCAGUUGUCCUAUUUUUUUUUUUUAGCUCUCAGGAAAUAUCUUUGAAUUAAAGCUUUUUUUUCCCGCUGAUCAUUCUGGGAUCAUGGGAUUUAUCAAACAGAAAAACUCUGGAAUGAGAGCAGGUAGAAAACAGUUAUUUGUGUGUGUCCUAAAAAGUGGAUUUAUUUACAGUAUUGUGUAUUUCUCUUCAUUUGCGUUGUAUUAUGCCACUUGACAAAACCGUAAGUGCCUAAAACCACCAUGAGUUGAAUGAUGUAUCAGUCCUAUCCAGAUAUUAUUCCCUCUUGUAUUUCACUCUUAUUGCUGUUGGGGUGUUGUUUCACCGUACCUGUGAAUAUCAUGGAAAAUUGGACUGCAUAAUGUGAAGCUCAUUGUUCUCUGAGUGAUCUUGGAAAAAACAUUUUGUACAGUAAUGUGCAGAUGUCUGCUGUGGUGUGACUGGAUGUCUUUGUUUUGCAAAUGUAUGAUUAAAGAAUUACCUCAUGUAAUUUGUUUAGAAUGUGAAAUGAUAGAACUUCUGAAAAUGUUGUAAUCAUGGAUGUUGUCAAUUUUGUAAAAGUAUAUAUAUUUUUUAAAUCAGAAUCUUUUUAAACAUUAUCUAACCAUUAA